AUGAUGGCGUCCUCCACAGCGGUUGCCGGAGCUCCCAUGGCUCCUACACGGCCACCCGGCGGAGCCCCCGGGCCUUCAUCCUCGCCUUCCAGGGCCUUCGCGGUGUGCCGGCCCAAGGAUCAGGUGGCCUCCUCUCUUCUGGCGACCAGCUCUUGGGCAUCACCGGGCGCUGGCGCGAAGAGCACCUCCCUGCCUGUGUGCGGAGGGAUCCAGUGUGGCCUGGCACUGACAGAGGGGACCCCCUCUCCGUCGGUGCCUGGUCAUGCGCGGUGUCCCAAGAUCCGCCUUGACCACCGCUCUGAGAGCCGGACCGCGUCCUCGGCCACCCGCCGCUGUUUCCCCCCACCAUCUUGA